AUGGCAGUCCCACGGACUAAGAGACAGUUAAGAGGUUUCUUGGGAAUGGCAGGAUUCUGCCGAAUCUGGAUCCCCAACUUUGGACUAAUAGCCAAGGCUCUUUAUGAGGCUACCACUGGCUGCGAGGGAGAACUGCAGUGGACAGCAGAAUGCCGAAAGAGCUUCGACACCAUCAAGUGGGCCCUCAUAACAGCGCCAGCCCUGGGCCUGCCCAACCUCAGUAAACCAUUUAAACUUUACGUUCAUGAACGUCAAGGGGUCGCGUCGGGAGUGCUGACCCAACACUUAGGUAGCUGGAAGAGACCGGUGGCUUAUUUCUCCAAGCAAUUGGACCCUACUAGCCUAGGUUGGCCAGCUUGUUUGCGAGCAGUGGCGGCCACAGCUAUGUUGGUGGAAAAAGCAAAGAAAGUCACCUUAGGACAACCAAUGACCGUGUAUACUCCGCAUUCCGCACCUUCCAGUCCUGUGUGUGCCAGUCAAGACACUUUUAGAAUAGAAUAUGAUACCUUUGGGGAACUGAAGGUCCCAAAUGACAAGUAUUAUGGUGCACAGACUGUGAGAUCUACAAUGAACUUUAAAAUAGGUGGUGCUUCUGAGAGAAUGCCGGUUCAAGUUAUAAGAGCUUUUGGGAUCCUGAAGCGAGCAGCUGCUGAAGUUAAUCAGGAUUAUGGUCUUGAUGAAAAGAUUGCUAAUGCCAUCAUGAAAGCAGCAGAUGAGGUAGCUGAGGGCAAAUUAAAUGAUCACUUCCCUUUGGUGGUAUGGCAGACUGGAUCUGGAACCCAGACCAACAUGAAUGUAAAUGAAGUAAUCAGCAACAGAGCAAUUGAGAUAAUGGGAGGGAAACUGGGGAGCAAGACCCCAGUGCAUCCUAAUGAUCAUGUUAAUAAAAGUCAGAGCUCAAAUGAUACUUUCCCAACAGCAAUGCAUAUUGCUGCUGCCCAGGAAGUUAAUGAAGUAUUGUUACCUGGAUUACAGAAGCUGCAAGAUGCACUUGAAGAAAAAUCCAAAGCAUUUUCCCAAAUCAUAAAAAUAGGACGUACCCAUACCCAAGAUGCUGUUCCACUCACUCUUGGGCAGGAAUUCAGUGGUUAUGUGCAACAAAUUAAAUACGGUGUGGCUAGGAUUAAAUCAGCCAUGCCCAGAGUCUAUGAGCUGGCAGCUGGUGGCACUGCAGUUGGCACAGGAUUAAAUACCAGAAUUGGCUUUGCUGAGAAAGUUGCUGCAAAGGUGGCUGAAUUGACAGGUUUGCCUUUCAUCACUGCUCCAAAUAAAUUUGAAGCCCUUGCAGCUCACGAUGCUCUAGUUGAACUGAGUGGGGCCAUGAACACCGUGACAUGCAGUCUGAUGAAGAUAGCUAAUGAUAUUCGUUUCCUGGGUUCAGGGCCACGUUCUGGCCUAGGAGAACUCAUUCUCCCUGAAAAUGAACCUGGAAGCAGCAUUAUGCCAGGAAAAGUGAAUCCCACCCAGUGUGAAGCUGUUACGAUGGUGGCAGCUCAAGUGAUGGGAAAUCAUGUUGCUGUUACAAUAGGAGGCAGCAAUGGACACUUUGAACUGAAUGUUUUCAAGCCCAUGAUUAUUAAAAAUGUAUUAAAUUCUGCAAGGCUCCUUGGAGAUGUUUGCAUUUCAUUCACUGACAACUGUGUGGUUGGGAUCCAAGCCAAUACAGAGAGAAUCAACAAACUAAUGAGCGAGUCUUUGAUGUUGGUGACAGCACUUAAUCCCCACAUUGGAUAUGACAAGGCAGCCAAGAUUGCCAAAACUGCACACAAAGAAGGGACAACACUAAAAGAAGCUGCUAUUAAGCUUGGAUUCCUUACAUCAGAACAGUUUGAUCAAUGGGUGAAGCCUACGGAGAUGCUUGGUCCUCAGUGACUUUAACAAGUGUACUUAACAGAAGAAUUUAAAUUUGUAAUAUAAAAUAUUAUGGAGCCUGUUUGUUUUGUUUCUCGUUGUCACUUGCCUCAUGAAUGACCAUGUAUUUUUCCUAUGCGAGAUAUAAGGCUAAAACGGUUUUCUGACAUGACAUAACAUACACAGAAGAAAAAUAUUUCCCCGGAAGAUUGCUAUAGUGGCAGCUCAGUACCAGGAUUAUUUAGUUAAGACUUUCAUUUCUGCUUCCCUUCCCUCAUCUAACACUACAAGACAUUUUUCUUUAAAGU